AUGUCCAACUACAAAUGGGAGCUUGGUAUGUAUUUCACUUCCAAGAGUGACAUUAAGGAUGCAGUGAUAUCAUAUGCUGUGCAGAAUGGUAGAGAUCUGAUGUUCAUAAAGAAUGACAAGAAAAGAGUAAGGGUAAGAUGUAAGGAUGGCUGUCAGUGGGAGCUCUAUUAUAGCAAGUUACCAGAUGAGGAUUCUUGGCAAGUAAGAAAGAUAAUUGAUGAACAUAAUUGUAGUAGGGAGUACAAUGUGAAGUUGCUAUCUACAAAGUGGUUGAGUAAGAGAAUUCAGAACUCAUUGAAAAACAAUCAUAGGUUGAAGGUUAAGGAUAUAAAAGAAAAGGCUUUGAGAAAAUGGAAUGUGGGGAUAAACAAGACCAAGGCAAUAAGAGCAAGAGUGGCUGCCAGGGAUAAGGUUGAUGGGUCAUUUUUGGGGGAUUACAAUAGGAUAUAUGACUAUUGUCAUGAAUUGUUGAAAGCAAAUCCAGGAUCUACAAUUAAGAUGAUUGUGGACCCUGUUCCUGAAGGUGUUGAUGACCAAAGACCAUAUUUUAAAAGGCUAUACAUUUGUUAUGCAGCUUCUAUAGGAAGGGAUCCUAAUGAUCAAAUGCUUCCUAUAGCAUAUGCUGUGGUGGAAAGUGAAAAUAAGGAUAGCUGGACUUGGUUUUUGGAGUUGUUGAUUGCUGACUUAGGAGGUGCUAAUGAGUGUUUAACCUACACUUUCAUUUCAGACCAACAAAAGGGGCUAUUACCUGCAAUGGAUGAGUUGUUGCCCAAUGUGGAACAAAGAUUUUGUGUUAGACACUUGUACAAUAAUUUUAGGAAAAGAUUUCCUGGAAAGAUGUUGAGGGAAGUUAUCUGGAAGGCAACAAAGUCAACAUAUGCUCAAGCUUGGGAAAGAGAGAUGAAAAGAAUGAGACUGGCCAAUGAAGAAGCAUAUCUCCAUAUGAUGAAGACUCCACCAAGGUUUUGGAGUAAAUCCUAUUUUAGGACAACCAACAAAUGUGAUGCUGUGCUCAACAACAUGUCUGAGUCAUUUAAUAGUGUAAUUCUUAACUCUAGAGGAAAACCACUUGUGACAAUGCUUGAAGAGAUCAGAACUUACCUCAUGGAGAGAUGGGCAAAAAACAGAAUGAGGUUCCAAGAUGUAUCUGGUAAUGAGAUUUUACCCAACAUUAGAAAGAAACUGGAAAUAACUAGCAAUUUUACCAACAUGUGGCUUGUAAGAAUGGAAGAUGAGCAUAUAUUUGAAGUGAGGCAUUUUGAAAACCCAGCUGAGACAUUCAGUGUGAAUCUGAAGGAUUUGCGCUGCUCAUGUAGAAGAUGGGAGCUAACAGGUCUCCCUUGUAUCCAUGCAAUGGCAUCCAUGAAGAGUAGGAAUUUUAAGGUUGAUGAUUACAUUCCUGACUACUAUAGGGUUUCUGCUUACAAGGCAGUAUACAAGCAUGUUCUCUAUCCGGUGAAUGGGUCUAAUUUGUGGGUCAGGACUCCAUAUCCAGAUGUUCAGCCACCUAAGUAUAGGAAGAUGCCUGGUAGACCAAAGAAGAGAAGAAAUCUUGAGCAAGGAGAGAUUGAUGGGAGUGACAAAAAGAUGAGAAGGACAGGUUUUAUUAUUAAGUGUUCUAGGUGCAAGAAGGUUGGCCAUAACAAGUUAACUUGCAAGGUGACACCACCAGCUCAGCCAAGUCAAGCAACAGUUAUUGAUGCAUCUCAGCCAAGUCAAGCAACAGUUACAAAUACAAGUCAGCCAAGUCAAGCAACAGUUACUAAUACAAGUCAGCCAACUAGUACCCAGGUGCCUACAACUCAGUCCUCAUCAUCUACACAGGCUUACAUGAGUGCAACACAAUCUUCUAGAGGAAAGCAAGUGAAAGGACAAUGUUCAAGGGGAAAUGCAGGUAACAACCAAUCUUCAAAAGUGGAUGGGAAGUUACAAAAGCUUGGUGUACGAAGGCCACUUGUAGCCCCAGGACUAACAACAAGAUUAUCUGCAGCAAAGAAUGUGAUUGGACCUACAACUAGAAGGACUACCCCAACAAAGAGGCUCCCAUCAAAGAAAAUUACUUAG